AUGUCACAACAAGACGAAGAAAGACUACAAGGAGAACCCCUUGAUGAGCAAGUUCAAGAAGCUCUUGAUAAAGUGACUGAUUUAAGAGAAGGUGACGAAGAUGAGGAUGAAGGAAAAUUGUUUGAAGAAUUAGAAAAUGACGACGACUCUGUGAUUGCAAACAUUCGCGAACGAAGGAUGGAACAACUGAAACAAGAAAUGACAAAAUUACAAGAAAUGCGUCAGAACGACCAUGGUUCAUACACUGAAAUUACUGACGAAAAAGAGAUUCUUAAGAUAACUACUACUUCAAAACUUUGUGUCGUACAUUUCUAUCACAAAGAAUUUCGAAGAUGUCAGAUUAUGGACAAACAUCUUACGACAAUAUCAAUUCGUCAUUUCAAAACAAAGUUUGUAAAAAUAAAUGUCGAAAAUGCACCUUUUUUGGUUGAAAAACUCGCGAUAAAAGUUUUGCCUUGCGUCAUAUCUUUCAUAGACGGAAUUUCUGUGGAUAGGAUCAUCGGUUUUGACGAUCUUGGAAAUACUGAUUCAUUUACUACAGCAGCACUCGAACUUCGAUUAUCCCAAAGUGGUGUCAUAACGAAAUUAGAAGCACCAAAAAAACAAGAACGCAAAACCAUAUUCGGAUUCGCAGAUGUGAACAAUGAUGACGAUGAAUGGGAUUAA